UUAUGAGAACAAAGAGUGGGAAGAUAAGUCGAAAGAUGUGAUGAGAUCGAUCUAGACUAGAGUCUGGUGUUUAGAAUUUAUAAAUCUAGGUGCUGCAUAAAAAGAUCAAUAUUGAGAUAUUUAAUUGGUAGUUACUGCCUCUGAAAUUGAAUUUAAUUGGACAGUUCUUUGUUAGUUAGAUCAAGACAACGACGGAUGUUCUCCUUCAAUUAUGGUCGGACGUCACAAUUCCAUUUCUGUAACAAAACGCAGUCUACGCAAUGCUGAAACUACUGCUGGCAAAAGACCCAGGAGAAAUGUGCAGUCAAAACUAGUAGAUGACACUGUAGGACUAUCGAGGCAGGAAGAACAAGAAUUAAACAAAGCUCUUUAUGCUUCGCUGCAAGAAAAUCGCAAGAGUAAAUCACUUCCUGGCAAUGUGGGAAAUGAAAGCAGCAGCAGUAGCACUAGCAAUGGUGGGCCUUCUGGCAGUAGCAAAAGUAGCAUCACAAGUAGCAUUAAGAGUAGCAUAGAAAGUCAUUCCAGGUCAUUAAUACGAAAUUCGAAAACCAAUAAAAGAUCACUAGGUCAUCGCCAUUCUCUUCGAACUGGGGCUAUAUCCAACAAAUAUCAUCUAAGACAAAGUGCAUUGUUAGCAGCCUCUCGGGUUCAGAAGUCAAAAAGUACAUCAUCAUUACCAUCAGUGAGCCAGUCACGAACAUCUUCUACCUCAACAUCAAAUGUUAAUCUUGAUGAGAGUAGCCAGGAUUCAUCAACAAGCUCAGCUAAUGGAUCAAAAAGUUAUUUUGACAGGAAAAUACAUGCCCAGAGGAAAUUUGCUCAGGGCUGUUCUCUACCUGGGACACCAACCUGCACACCAGUCAAGUCAGCAACACCACCCUCCAAGAUGAUGUCUUUCCGCAUUCCAAAGACUGAAGAUUUCCUCACUUUCUUAUGCCUCAGAGGCACUUCAGCACUACCUCCACACCUUAACUUCUUCAAUUACUCCCGUGAAGAGUUAGCUAGUCGUGAUGAAGGUCAGACAUUAGCUCCGACCACUGCAAACAAGGUGACUGCCAAGCCCCAGAGAGAGAGCACUCCUGAGUCAUCCAGUACCAGCAGUGAGGCCAACAAUGAAGAGGUGGCUGAGGCAGCUAGUGUGUCAACUCCUUCCCCUAACAUCCGUGGUGGCAACAGCUUACUGGCCAAACGAUCUGCUGCUCGGGCAAGUGCUGGUACUCCCGAAACAGCCCGCGGUAUUGUUAGCCUUAGACAGGGCCUUCAGCGUAAGGUAUCCACUUCUUCAUCUUCAUCAUCGUUGGCCCGCUUCCCUGUGUCUUCCCCCUCUCAUCUGCUCGCCAUUUCAAGCCAUACUAACUGUGCCAUCACCACCACCACCUCUACAGCCCCUAGAUUCCGUAAUAAGUUCUACUUUACGCCAGAGAAGCCACUCUCACCGCCAAAAGCAAGUGGUGUUCGACCAGGGGAGUUUACUCCUCCAUCUCUGUUCUCAUCAACACGCCUGGAGGCAUCAUACCUGAAUAGACCACACACCUUCUCUCCUUUGGUGCACUCAUCUUCAUCCUCAAAGGUUGCCUCACUGCACUCUCGGUCAGAUUCUCCAUCCAGCCGAGGCUCCUCCACAUCUACACUCUCCUCCUCAGCGUCACAGAUGCACUCCCCCGAUACUCUCCUAAGAAAAGGUGCCACACCUGACUUCUCUUCUGGGGACAAUGUGCUAAAUGUAAAGAGAUCUACUUUAGGUGCCUUUACUCCAGUUAGAGUUCGCAGUUCUGGUCAUCAUGACAGUCCAAGCUCUUCUAACAAAGAUUCUAGUGGAAGAAAUAGAGCUGGCCGAGAUGGUGGUGUCAGAAGUGCUAGGAAGAACUUGCUGGAUAAGCUGACCAGUGUGGUACACCAGCACUCACGUCACCCAAGGACAGAGAACCAAACUCGAGUAAAAGCCCAAAACUUAAAGAGACUGGAGCCUAAAAUCAGAUCAAAUAAAACUGUCAGAGAAAAAAGUAGAAAACUAGUCAAAAAAUCACAAAAGGAAAUGAAAACCAAGAGAAGAAUAAGUUUACGACUCAGUUGCAAAACAGAGGGCAGGAGCAGACGUAUUGAACAGAAUUGUGAGGCAGGAAAAGAUGAAAAGAAGCAGGAAGAGUCUGAUGGGAGUCAUGACAACAAGUUUAGAAGAAAUAACCAAGCUCAGAAGAAAAGGAAUGCCUUAAAGACACGACAACCUUACAAGAUUCAUCCCUUAGAGAGGGUACGAACCAGGGGAUACAAUCUCCUUCUAGCUUCCCAGUUAGCUGUAAAAAGAGCCAAAAGAGAAAAAGCUCUCAUUAAAAAAAAAGUGAAUGGAGACACUAGACACAAAGAAGAGACAGUGGAAAAGGUUGUAAAAAAUGUAGAAGAAAUGGACAAAUUGCAGGUGAAUUCUGUGAAGAAGAUGCAGCUUUCUCCAGAUGUCAGCAACACAACCCUUGAGGAGAAUAAGCAGCAAAGUUCAGAUGAGACUAAAAGGACAUUGACUAACAGUAAAAGCAAGGAUCUAGUUUCCAGUUGUCAGAACAGAGAACGGAAAGAGAGCUUAUCAAAUUCACCUAAAAGAACUCCACCAAAAAAAGCCAAACUUUCAUCAAAUUCAAGUCCACCACCACAUACAUUAGCAGAGGACACAGUCCCAGUGUUUCAUCCAACAGAAGCAGAAUUCAUGAACCCAUUGACCUUCAUCAGUAAAAUCCAACCAAUAGCUGAGCCAUAUGGAAUGUGUAGAAUAAUUCCACCAGCAAGCUGGAAACUUGACAGUAACAAAAUCAGUGAUGAUGUACGGUUCACUCCUCAGGUGCAGCAAAUACACAGGCUUCAUAAACGUUGGGGACCAAAUGUCCAGCAUACAGCAGCUAUCAACCAACAUCUUUUAUCAGAAAAUGCUAACAUUACUACCACACCUCAGAUAGGAGGUGUGCAAAUUGAUCUACCUCAACUUUAUCGUCUUGUGGAGGAGUCAGGGGGGCCGAAAAUAAUGUCAGACAAGAAACAUUGGGCCAGAAUUGCAGAUAUUAUGAACAUCCCUAAACAGGCCAUGGAUCGCACAGUUCGCUUGUAUGAUAUUUAUUGCCAUCAUGUCUUUCCUUAUUUCACACUGUCCAAAGAAGAAAAGCACCAAUUGGAAGAAGAAGUCAAAGCUAUUUAUGAGCUACAGACUGUGGAGGAUGAAGCAAUAACAAAGGGUAAAUCUAUGCCAGUCAGUUGGUUCUCUAGAAUAGCUAGAAAUGUUCAGUCAAUGUGGUUUAAAGAUGACCCAACUGCAUCUCAAGUAGAAACAGAGUACUGGAAGAUUGUUGAUGAAAGGACUAAACAUGUGAGUGUGCAAUGUGGACACAUCAAUACUAGGGCCCAGGCUAGUGCAUUCCCAACAAGAAAAGACAGUGCUUACUCAAGACACCCUUGGAAUUUAAAUAACAUUCCUGAGUCUGCCAGCUGCCUUCUGAAAUACUUGGGUCCUGUCUCAGGCAUCAGUAUUCCUACACUUCACAUGGGCAUGUUAUUCUCUACCUCCUGUUGGUCUACAGAUCCUCAUUGUCUCCCUUACAUCCAGUACUUACAUACUGGCUCUGAUAUUAUUUGGUAUUGCAUUCCCAAAUCUCAGCGGUCCAAAUUCCGCACUGCAAUGUUAGAGUUAGCCCCAAGUCUAUUGAGUAACAAGCCAAGAUGGUUGAAGGAAGAUUGUGUCAUGGUGAAUCCUAGUCUAUUGAAGCAGCAUGGUGUGAAAGUUCACUGUUGUGUCCACAGCCCUCGUCAGUUUGUGGUCGUCUUUCCUGGAGCUUACACAGCCACAAUCUCUUGUGGCUACAAUGUUUCUGAAAGUGUACAUUUUGUUGUCUCUUCUAAGUGGUUACCAGUUGGAAUGGACGCUUCUUUUGCGCUGACCAAAAGUGGAGAGAGAGAACUGUUUUCAAUGUGUGCUCUUCUUUGUGGACUGAUGCAGGAUGAUAAAGUGGAUGCUGCAACACUCUCUGAAGCACUUCCAUUGUUUUCUUCCCUUGUCUCUAGAGAACUGGAGGUGAGAACACAGCUUCAUGCAGCUGGGUUACGCAGUGAGAAAAGGUCUGUCUUUGCAGAGUCACCUCCCCCUGGACCUAAUGUAAAGAAAAGAUUUUCAGGACUAGAAAAUGAGAAAGUGUGUGAAAUUUGUGAUAGAAUAUGUUAUCUUUCAAUGGUCCUCAAUGAGCAAGAUGAACAAGUACUGUGCCUUGAACAUGGUCUGAAGCAUGUGCAAAAGAAGAAAAAUUUGAAGUUAACACGACUCUUCUUGAGAUACAAUCAGUCUGAACUUGAAACAAUGUUGAAAAAUGCCAAAGAGAAAUUAACUUACCUUAAUUCUAAAGCUGAGAACUGUCCUCCAUCUUCAUCUAACAUUAGCAAUAAGAGCAAAUCCAAUAACAAACAGCCUAUUUGAACCAUCUCAUGUUGUAGUCAUGUUUUUAAUAGGAUCAUUUUUAUAAAGUAAAUAUACUUUUAUACUUUACUUACUAUGUGUUUUAAAUUUCUUUUAUUUUGUAUUAAAUAGGUAUUAGAAUUUUUAUAAAUGUAUAGAUAUCUUCAUUUUUAUAAAGAAACCAUUUAUUUAUCUUGAACUUAGAAAAUAUGUUAUUUUAUAUGUUAGAAAAUAUGUUAUUUUGUAUGUUAAAUUUAUGUCCAUAUAUUUUUAUCCAAAGAGUUGUCAGUGAAUUCAGUGAAUGUA